UACCAUGCGUGGUGGGCUGGACGAUCGUGCGCGCAAGAGAGAGAGAGGGAGGGAGAGAGAGCGAGGGAGGGAAACAACGCUACAGCGGCGGAGCCUCGCGUAAAAAAAGACAAACAGACAUGACACAGUCCGGAUACACGCACACUUCCACUUAUUUGCCCACAUAACGACGCGCGCCACGGGACACGACCAGCACCGAGGAAGCAGCCGCCGCUGACAUCAUGCGCACACCGAGGAUUCUAAUUCAGUAAUCACAGCGUUUGUCGACAGAGGCAGGAGGAGCGGAGCAGGGAGGAGGACACGCUUUUAAAUGUCGAGCUGCUUCUUUUAAUGAAGGAAACACUCCGCGGCAUGCAGCCGAUUCACGCCAGGACUGACACUUCUGCGUAAAAUGUGCGUUUUAAUUUAAAAUUUAAAAAAAAAAACCACGAGGUGCGUUUUUGUGAGAGGACGUUUCGUAAUGAUAUAAAACUGAAAAGGAAGGAAGGAUUUUUUUUCUCUAACGUCCGUCUACAGGAGCCUGCUUGUCGUCUUUUUUCCUGGCGGUGGUGGUGGAGCGCAAGAAUAGUUUUUUUCUCCCCCUGUGUGGACGCGUCUUGGCGCAUGGUUUUGGGGGUUAGUACCGGGAACCCGACUCGGUCCUCCCUGCCACGGAGGAGCACUGGACUGGGGGAGCUUGUUCGUUUUUCCCCCUCAGAGAUCCCCCCUCUCGAAACAGAGGGAUUAAACAUUCCUGCUUGUGAGUGUGUGUGCGUGUGUGCGAGCCAGUCGGGGCUACAUUGUGAGGUUGUGGUAAGAAAGGAGGCUAUAAAUAGCGCAUGCAAUUCUCGAAAACUAUCACAAGUGGUGCAUCAGCUUGUGGAGCAGACGGAAUCAGAUAUCCUGCAUGAAGCACUGAUGCCGCCUCCUCUCUAAGUUAAUUGUUGUGCAGAGCUGCCUGUGCGUAAUUCUUCUUUUUAAAAAUAAGUUCUGGCUCGUAACAUUUUUGGAAAAGGGGUAGAGAUUGUGUCCCGGGAGUCGCCUUCCAAUGGAUUAUGCUCUUAUUUUUUUUAUUUUUUACAAUUAAAACUAUGAGCGGAAAGACUGAUAUGGAAACAGGCUGAUCCUCCUCCUCUCUCUGUGUGUUUGUGUGUUUGUCUGUGUGGAUUGAAAUGGAUACCGCUCCUGCGUCCUGCGCCUCUGACAGUGGCCACAUUUGGAAUCGCCUGACCUGGAUUGUGGCUGGAACAAUGUUUUGAUCCGCGCACACGCUCGGAUUUACAAACAUUACAACAUUUGAGAUCUGCUGGGGAAGGAGGAGGAGGAGAGGAGGAGGUGGGGGGGUCUUCAUGGAUGCAUUCUAACACUUCUUUUUUUCCCAAUACGCCCAAUUCCUCUACCCGACAUAUAUCUUAUUAUCUGGACCUCCUUUUUUAUUUGUGGCACGGACGCGUAAAAUCAAGGAGGAACAGAUUCGUCAGCCCUGCUCGGUGCUGGAUACCGAUGUAGGAUUUCGACAUGCCCAGCGCUGACGACCCCAAAAACGGCGGACGAUUAUGACUACAUCGGCGAAUUGGGUGGCUAACGGGGCAAGCCUUGAGGACUGCCACUCCAACAUCUUCUCUCUGGCGGAGUUGACAGGCAUUAAAUGGCGCUGCUACAGCUUCCGCGGCGGCGGGGAAUACGGCCCGGUGAUCUCGGCCCCGGCCCAGGACGACCCGGUUCUACGCAGCUUCAUGCGCUGCGUGCAAGCCAACCUGCUGUGCGUGUGGCGACGCAAGAUCAAGCCCGACGCCAAAGAGCUGUGGAUCUUCUGGUGGGGCGAGGAGCCCAACCUCUCUGACGUCAUCCAUCAGGAGCUGGAAGGUGAGAAAAAGAGACAGAGAAAGAGGAGAUGAAAGAUGAGUGUGGCUUCUCUCUUCUAUCUGUCUCAAGUAUUUUUCCAUCUCAUCGGGCUUCACUUCAGCCUCUGUUUAUGCACUGAAAGUUCAGGUUAGAGGCUUCUACAGACUAUAUAAUUUUAUGGCUGAUUUUUAUACUGCAUCAGAUUUUAGAGACCGGGUAAUGAUUAUGUGGAAUAUGGUUGUCUUAUGGUUUUUAGCGGAUUUUAUAUAAAACUUACUGAGAAGUAGUGAAUUAUGUGUUGUGUGUUAUAAUUAGAGGUACAACAUGAAUUUGAGUUGUACAAGUGACGUUUUAUAGUGAAGCAUAAUACCUGAGUGUGUUGUACAUGAGCUGUAUUGUCUAAAGUAUUAUGUAGAUUCAAGCUGUUUGGUCUUCUGCGGAUUCAAGCUGUGUGCUGUUUGUUUAAGAUGUGUCGGGUACAUUGAUUUGUUGUGUGUAUGUGUAUAGUCCUAUAUGUGAACCUCAUAUACCGCAUAUUUGAAAUGUGUUUGCUUUGCAACUCCAGUGUUUAUUUGCUCUGGGACCAUCACUGUGAUGAAGCUCACAGCAAUAGGGUGGAUUUUUCUCGACUGUAUUUACAAAGUGUGUGUGUGUGUGUGUGUGUUACACUGAGAUAUCUCACUUGAGAGAGUGCUACCAUCAGCACUAUUGUCCCUAUUUAUAGAAACAUUUGCAUUAUCUGGCUGUGCACGUGUGUAGAAGUCUAACAUAUCGACUAAGCCUCGGGAAGACAGGGAGAGGAGGAAACAGGAGAGGGAUUAUAUCAGGUUCCGUUUCUCUGAACCACAGUCAGGAGGAGAGAAGCAGGAGGAUCGGAUGGAGAGGUUAGAGCGAUAGUGAGAAUUCCAGUCUUCAGUUACCUAUUAAAGCUGACUUGAUGUGAAAAGGCCUUUCAGGCACUGCAGCAGGUAUUCGGCAGAUGUUCUCGCUGCUGCUGGGGAGAGUCCUCUACUUGCACUGUGCAGGCAUCUGUAAUGGAGAAAAUACAGCGUACUGUUCAAUUGAGUUUUGCUCGCACCAUGAACAUGGGCUAAGAUAACCUUUUACAUUGCAUCUCCAGAGCUCCUCUAGUUUACUACUGCGUGUUUUGAUGGUACUCUACAUAUACAGACCCUUAAACUGUACAUGGCCUUUUUGAUGUAUUUUCUAUGCUUUUAUUUUCACAAGUUUCUUUUCAGCCUCAGUCUGAAACGCUUGGUUUAAGCUUCUGUCUCUAUAAGGUCCUGAUAAAGCCACUCUGUUGUGAUUGGUCAAUCGCUUCCAGCGCAUGUAGGAAAUAUCAGCUUCCACUAUAGCUUUACCUGGCUUUGUUAGGAGCUGGACCUAUCGCUGUUAGUGAUGCAUUAUGCAAAUGUGGGGCAUUAUGAUGACACAUGACAUCACUAUGCCGUUGGCUGGGCUAUCUAUUUGAUUUUUUUACGCUGCAUGUGGCUGUAAUAAUAAGGUUCAGGUCGGGUUCAGGCACAGAAGCAGAAUGCCCGUCAUGUUUGGGUCGGGCUCGGUUAAUUUUCUCACAGAUAUCGUGACCUUUGACUUUUUAACUUCUCAGACCUUUUUCAUAUAAAAAUACCCCAAGAGGAAAGAAAAACAAGAAAAGCAUAAUAUGUCUCCUUUAAAAUAUCAGUGGCUGGUUGUUGGUGAAAUCACACAAACGUAUAGUCAGUGUAGUGAGUGUGUGGCGGCAUUCAGAGCACAAAUGUGUCACUUGAGGCCAUAUAACAUAUGUAGCUGUGUGACAGUUUAGCAUUACUUCACCCAUUUGCAAGCUGCUAAUGGCUGCCUAAACCAUUAAUUAUGGCUCCCUUAGAGAAGAACACUGAGGUUUAAUACAGUUAAUAAUAAUCUGAGCCUUUUAAUUACACUUUAUAGCUAUUGAUUCCUUUGGAUUGCUUGUGUGAGUAGUGUAAAGAUUUUGCCAU